AUGUGUUCCCAGCCAUCGAUUAUUUUGCUCCCGGGCUCUUUUGUCAGAGCGGAGCUCUAUUUUCCAUUGAGGGAUACCGUGCAAGCCAGAGGCAUCGAUAUGCAUGUUCCUGAACUUCUCACGGUCCGACAGGGACACAACGACACCAGAACGCCCCCUUCAAUGUACGAUGACGCGGCCAUGAUUGUCAGCGAGGUUGAGAAGCUAGCGGAUGUUGGCAAAGACGUCAUUGUUGUGUCUCAUUCUUACUCUGGCAUUCCAUUGACUCAGGCUGGCGGGAGCCUGAGCAAGAAAAAAAGACGGGCUAAGGGAAAGAGUGGCGGUCUCGUGGGAUUGGGGUACAUCACAUCUAUGGUCCCUGCCUUGGGGGAGUCUGCUCUACAGAUCAGUGCCGGGUUCCCCACCGAGUCUCAACCCCAGGUCACGAUAGAUGACCAAGGAUGGAUGACACAGGCAAACCUCACUCGAGCUGCGGAGACUGCCUUGAACAACCUGCCUUUGAGCGAAGCACUGGUCUGGGUCCAAAAGUUUUCACAGCACUCGGCCCAAAGUUUUGCAGACAACGCCACUCAACUGGCAUACGCCGACCCCCAGAUACCCAUUUCUUACCUGCUGUGCGAAAAUGAUCUUACGAUUCCACCUGAGAACCAGCUGCUCGGGAUCCAGAGGAUGGAGGAAGCCAGGGGCAAGCCCGUCAAGAUUACGAGGAUCCCGGGCGAUCAUGGAGCAAUGAUAUCUGAGAAGGAUAAAGUUGCCGAUUGGAUUGUGGGUCUUGCGGGAAACUCCAAGUAG